CCUCUUUAAGACCGCUUGGCCAAGGAAAGGAACUCCACCCAACAUUCCCAAAAUGCCCACCUCUCAUGUCCUUCUAACCUUCAUUUGUGCUCUAUCAGCCCUCCCAGCCAUCCUUACCAAAUCCCACUCAUGUGCUGAUGGGAAUUUCUCUAUCAUGAAAAAUGCAAGAAACAUCACAAUCACAAACUGCAAGAAGUUGGGAGCUCUUGAUGCUGAAAUUGGCUGGGAAGUCACCAAUGCCACCACUAAUGAUCAGAUGAUCCACAUAUUGUUCGGCGCACAUCCCCCGACCCCAACCGGGUGGGUCGCAUGGGGCGUGAACCCUCUCAAACCACAGAUGGUAGGGACGAGAGCAUUCAUCGCCUUCAUGCAACAAAACAGAUCUAUCAUGGUACUACCUUACUAUAUCACCGACGAAACCAAGCACCUGUGCCAACUCAAAACGUCGAAGAUCGACCUCGUCUACACAUCACUGGCAGCAGACUAUUCAAAUGAGACCGGCUUCAUUACCAUGUCGGUAACGUUAUCUCUCUCGUCCAUGUACAGCGUAUCAGGAUUGAAUCAUGUAUGGCAAGUUGGCACACAUGUGAUUGGCACCGAGCCUCGUAUGCACGCCACCACCAUCCACAACUUCGAUAGCCGCGAGACCAUCGAUCUAAUGUCUGCAGACAGUCGAUGCACACAUUAUCACCGUCAAAAACUAAGAAAAGUACAUGGGAUAGUGAGCAUGAUAGGUUGGGGGAUAAUCCUGCCGCUUGGAAUUAUCAGUGCAAGGUACUUAAAAGAAUUCCCAUUCGAAGUCGAGAAGAGUUAUGCUAUUCAUGUGCCGUGCCAGAUAUGUGGGUUUGUGAUUGGGACGAUCGGUUGGGCACUUGGAAUGUCGCUUGGAAACCAGUCGAAGAACUACAUUUUGAGAAAUCAUCGGAUCAUAGGCAUUACGAUCUUUAGCAUGGCUUUAUUGCAGGUGCUGGCCCUGUGGCUAAGGCCUAAGAAGAAGGACGAUUUCUUGAAGUACUGGCGCAUAUACCAUCAUUUCAUUGGCUAUGCUUUGUUUACAUUGAUAGUAGUGAAUAUUUUCAAAGGUAUUGACAUUCUCAGCCCAUCUCAACAAUGGAAAUGGGCUUAUCGUACCAUCCUUGCCUUUCUCGGCCUCAUUGUCCUCUUCUUUGAAUCCAUCACUUGGGGUAAAUUCAUAUAUCAAUACUUUUAUGUCGACAAAGAGAAGCUAGUGAACACUAGUGGGUAAACCUUUUCGGCACUCACAUGCAUAUGACAUCCAAUCCACUCAUCAGAUGGGCCCCACCAUGGAGAUACCUUCUUGUGAAAACUAGACCGUUCUGAUUAUCUGUUAGUGGGUCAAACGACGGUUACGAGAAACUAAAUAGGACUCCAGAUGUAGCCUUUGAGGAUCCAAUUUUUUUUUGUUAGGCUAGUAAAAACAGUUUGAAGUCAUGGCAUUCGGUGGUUAGUUUGUAUUUGUGUGUAAGAUUGCUAACUAGUGGUGAAUUAACAUUUUCCGUUGUUCUUUCUUA